UGUAUCGAGGCCUGUGCUCCUUGUGCGCUACAGCCGAUAGCACGCACGCGGCACCGUCGAGACAUUUAGCACUAUAGCACGGUUCGGGAGUCGACAUGUCGGGCUUCAUAAGUACCAUCAACCCGCGAACUCGCGCACCGUUCAAACCGUCAAAGAACCGAGGCACCAGCAGCUGGCAGUUGAAGCAGUAUGCUGAGGCUACACUUGGUAGCGGCAGUUUGAGGAAGGCCGUCAAGCUGCCUGAGGGCGAGGACAAGGAUGAGUGGCUAGCCGUCAAUGUUGUCGAUUUCUACAACCAGAUCAACUUGCUCUAUGGAUCUAUCACUGAGUUCUGCUCCCCGCAAAGCUGUCCUGAAAUGAAGGCAACCGACGAAUUCGAGUACCUCUGGCAAGACUCCGAGAAUUACAAAAAGCCUACCAAGAUGCCCGCACCCGAAUAUAUCGAACACCUCAUGGCAUGGAUACAGUCCAACGUCGACAACGAGUCUAUGUUUCCCUCACGCAUCGGCGUACCCUUCCCCAAGACUUUCCCUGCUCUCAUCCGGAACAUGUUCAAGCGUCUAUACCGUGUCUAUGCGCAUAUUUACUGCCACCAUUACCCUGUCAUCAUUGAGUUGGGUCUGGAACCACAUCUCAACACCAGCUUCAAGCACUAUGUGCUAUUUAUUGACGAACAUGGUCUGGCCAGUGGAAGCAAGGACUUCUGGGGUCCGUUGGGUGAUCUGGUCGAGAGCAUGCUGAGAAGUGAUUGAACGUCUCCAAUUGCCUCGACAAAAGUGGCAGAAAGGGACUGGAGAUGAGACAAGGCUAUCAUG